AUCUCCAGCUAUUUCAGCCCCGGCGCAGCCGCACCAACACACCCGGCAGCACACACUCCUCUCACAGAGGCGCAGGCUGCGUUAGCGCCGUGCUGAAGCCAGCAUGACGGAUUUGUCGGGCUUUUCUUCUCCUGCACGGAUUAGCACGCGUUUCAGCGGCAAUAGAGCAGAAAUAAAACCCAGUGUAGAGUUUGUAGGCCUCGGCCUGGGAUUAAACUCCUGUGAUGGCGCGUUUGAAACGGAUAACGCUAGCAGGAGCGGUCUGCUGUACAUACCCGUCCUGUUGAGGGAUACUACACGGCUUUUACACACACACACUCACACACUCGGGACUUUAGAGAUAUAUUUUACUAAAUACUUGUCCGGUUUCAGAGGAUUAACUCGGAAUGUAUAGUGUAAUACACGACGUGUGCAGCUUCUCCAGCUAGCUAGCAUGCUAGCAGCCAAGCUAAAGGCUAACGAAGCUGGGUCAGUUCGAUCUCUGUGCGCGGUUCUGAUGUGUGUUCUCGCUGGUUCUGGUGAAAACGGGUCCGGAGGGGAGCGGUGCAGUGGGGUUGAGUGGUUUCGGUGGUGAAGAGCGUGUUUAGGAAAGCCCGCGGGGUUGUUCCGUGUGGACUAGCCCGAGCUAGUGAGUUUGCAGGAGACCUGGUGGCUGUGUUUGAAUUCCUGAUGGAGAUCAGGUUCAUGUCCAGGUCAUGAAGGCGUGUGAGGGAGUUAUCCCAGUCGUUUCAGCUGUGACAGGCGAGAGCCACGGCGUUAUUAAUGGCUGUAUUGUGUAGGAAGUUCACUCCCCAUAACAUGGCCAUUGUUUUCAUAUUUCAGAAGGCUGAUAUGAGUGAUGGAUGUCAGUGAUGGAGGAGGAGAGCUUGGAUUCCUGAGGGAAUGUAAAGGAGUGUCUGGAGGAACAGUUUUAACAAUCAGAAGAAGGCUUUCUUUCUUUUUCUGAAGAUGUUUAGUUUGAAAUGAUGAAUGUGAUGAUGUGUAAAUCAUCCUGUAGAUGUCAGGGUCGCUCGCACCGUCAGCUGCGAGAUGUGUGUUCGAUGGUCGUGAUGCUCCUCACAGCUCCAGCGGCUCUGUCCAUGUGGAGCUUGGCAUGUCGUCCUCCGAGUUCUCCGCUGUUCUCCCACCUUCCCAACACACACCAGUCACUGGAUUGACUAUGCAAAACUGCCCCUGUGUCUGUGUGUGUGUGUGUGUGUGUGUGUGUGUGUGUGUGAGAGUGAGGGGUGUAAAAUCCAGGCUGUUCCCCAUCUGUACUGUUUACUGAAGAUAAAUUCAUGCUAAAUUAUUGUCAUUGUAAUGUUUUGCUGCACUAUUGUGUUAUUUUACAGAAUUAAAACGAGGCAGUAUUAUGAACCUUGUCCUGUAUGAAGUGCGGACAGUUUGGGGUUUGAUGUUCACACAGAUUGUUGACAUUCAGGGUGGGGUUUUUUGUUUGUUUGUUUGUUUGUAUGAAAAUAUGAAAUAAUUUUGCAUACUUAAAUAUGGUAUAAUCGUGAAAAACAUUGUGUCCCAGAUUGCUUUGUAAACACACAGACACACACACACUCCCGAGUUUCGGCUCCCGGUUUGUUCCGGCCGCGAGGGCGAUUUCAAUACGUUCUUCUUUUGUCAAAGGCGUUUCUCUGAAAAUAUCGAAUGUAAUAUGAAACAUUUUUCAGAAGACGUUGAGCCUUUUGCGACGCCUUGUGUAUUCAUUUCUGAUCUAAUUCCUGCAGAGCUUUAUUUAUUUAUUUAUUUAUUUCCCCAGAACUAACUGUUUUCCGAUUUACUCCGUCAUUCACUGUGGAUCGUGUAAACCCAGUGUGGUCGAGUAAGAUCUGCAUUUACAGUGUAAAGUUCUAGGGAGAGGACGUCAGGCUUUUCCGCAGGAGCUGAUAGAAACCUGUCGUGAAACCGGACGUUCAUAAAUAUCCUAGCAUUAAAACGAAAAGAAGAUAGUCCUCGGUCAUCUCUGUCAAGAUUUGCUCAGAAGUGAAAAUGUGCGUGGUCCUGCGUGUUUUAGCGUUUAGCCUGCUGUACCACACUCACGCCGACUCGGGAAGGGCUGUUCAUUACCACGCCGCUAGAUGAAGUGGGAUGAAGCGUGUGCAGGAUCGAGGGUUCUCCUGGACCAGGCUUUCUUGGGUUUCUGCUGAUGUUUUGGUUGCCCGUAUAAUUUACUCGAACACGUCUUCUGGAAUAAGUGCGAGGGAUUGUGUAAUGAAUUGGUUUUAAGUCUUGCACCAACACCGGAGGACGACAUAAACCGCACCCGAGUCUCCGCAGUUAUUCACACCUUACAGAUUUGCAUGUUGAGCUAAACUCAUGUCUAAUACGAGCCUGUGAGAACGAAUCAGGUGGUCAUAAUGCACCGUGUCGGUAAAUGUUUAAGUACAGUCUUGGAAUGCACGCCAUAAUAUGUGGGAGGUAAUGGAAGAGCUAGAGUUAGAUUAAGGAAAGCCAUAUGAAGUGAUGGACGACCACACAGUGCAUCAGACGGAGCACAUGACUACCAUCGAGGCCCACGCUGUUUCUCAACAGGUCCAUGUGUCUACCUACACCGAGCACAGCAUGCUCAGCGCCGACGAGGACUCGCCUUCCUCCCCUGACGACGACAUGUAUGACGACUCGGACAUCCUGAACUCAGCAGGAACAGAUGAGGUCACAGCACAUUUGGCAGCUGCAGGUCCGGUCGGCAUGGCCGCCGCCGCCGCUGUGGCAACAGGGAAAAAACGCAAAAGGCCACACAUCUUUGAGUCAAACCCAUCGAUACGCAAAAGACAGCAGACUCGCCUGCUCAGGAAGUUGCGGGCAACACUGGAUGAAUACACGACGCGCGUCGGUCAGCAGGCCAUCGUCCUUUGUAUUUCUCCGUCCAAGCCUAACGCCGUGUUUAAGGUGUUUGGUGCCGCUCCACUCGAGAACGUGGUCAGAAAGUAUAAAAGUAUGAUCCUGGAGGAUCUGGAGAACGCCCUAGCUGAACACGCACCGCCCGGAGGUGGAGACCUGAGCUCUGAGCUGCCUCCACUCACCAUCGACGGCAUCCCGGUGUCUGUGGAUAAAAUGACGCAGGCUCAACUCCGAGCUUUCAUUCCUGAGAUGCUGAAAUAUUCUACAGGCCGGGGGAAACCUGGCUGGGGGAAGGAGAGCUGCAAGCCCAUUUGGUGGCCUGAGGACAUUCCCUGGGCCAACGUGCGAAGUGACGUGCGUACCGAGGACCAGAAACAGCGGGUGUCAUGGACGCAGGCCCUGAGGACGAUCGUUAAGAACUGCUACAAGCAGCACGGGAGAGAGGACCUACUCUAUGCAUUUGAAGACCAGCAGGUCACGCCUCAGCAGGUUGCUGCAGCCGCAGCACACAGCAUCGCACACCUGGUGCCUUCACAAACAGUCGUUCAGACAAUCACUAACCCCGACGGAACUGUCUCGCUCAUACAGGUGGGCACUGGGGCGACUGUAGCCACACUUACUGAUGCAUCCGAUUUGCCAGGCACUGUUACUGUCGCCCAGGUCAACUAUUCUACAGUGACCGACGGGGAGGUCGAGCAGAACUGGGCAACGUUGCAGGGAGGUGAGAUGACCAUUCAGACCACGCAAGCAUCCGAGGCUACACAGGCGGUAGCGUCUUUAGCGGAGGCCGCUGUCGCCGCCUCCCAAGAUAUGCAGCCAGGAGCGACCGUUACCAUGGCGCUCAACAGUGAGGCAGCGGCCCACGCUGUGGCAACGCUAGCAGAGGCUACUCUUCAAGGAGGUGGACAGAUUGUGUUAGCAGGAGAGACGGCAGCUGCGGUCGGAGCUCUCACUGGAGUGCAAGAUGCCAAUGGUUUAGUCCAGAUUCCUGUGAGUAUGUAUCAGACUGUAGUUACCAGUUUGGCCCAGGGAAAUCGGCCUGUGCAAGUCGCCAUGGCUCCGAUCGCCACGCGCAUCGACAACACCGUAACACUGGACGGGCAGGCUGUGGAGGUUGUAACCUUAGAACAAUGACUCUCCUGCCAGUAUGUUGGAUAAAAAAAACCUGUGCCCUUCCAUGAAUGGAUAUUUUUAACAGGGAAUUAAAAUGUUCCAGGAUUCAUGCUUGUUUUUUAGUAGUGUAAUCAUUGUGUUUCAAAUAAUGUUUGCUUUUUUUUUUGUUGUUGUUGUUGUUGUGCUUUGUGUUUCUAGUCAUAGGAUAUAAAUAGACCAAAUAAAUAAAUGGACCAACGUCAGUGUGGCAGCAGCAGCAGCCCCUGAAUACCAUUCUUCUACAUUUGUCCUAGCCAAAAGAAUCCUUUUUUUUCCAUCUGUUUUAAUAGCCGAAUUUAUUUUAUCCGCACGUUGAUUUCCGAACAAUGUGUCUGUGCCAUUUUAUUUACACUUCUGUUGUCCUAAAAGUCAUAAAUUGUGCUAGUUUGCUUGCAUUGUGAUAGAUCUGAUGUAGGCCAGCAGAAAAAAACAUGUACUUUAAGUGUGGGGUAUUUUUUUGUUGUUGUUUUUUUUUUUUAUUUUAAGUUUUGUUUUUUUGCAUGUCACGAGUGAAUCUACAGAAUACAAAUAUGUCUCUCUGAA